AUGCCCAGCUAUGAAAAAUUUCUAAAAGACAUAUUAUCAAAUAAACGCAAGCUAGAGGAUCAUGAAACAGUAAUGCUAAUGGAAGAGAAACUAGGAUUGGGAGAGCCUAAAGCAACUACAGUAACUCUACAGUUGGCUGAUCGAUCACUUACACAUCCACGAGGGAUUAUCGAAGAUGCAUUGGUCAAAGUGGAUAAACUUAUAUUCACAGCAGACUUCUUAAUCCUGGACAUGGAAGAAGACAAAGACGUGCCUAUCAUAUUGGGACGACCAUUUUUGGCUACUGCAAGAGCGCUCAUAGACGUACAACAAGGACAAUUGACAUUGAGGCUGGGGGAGGAGAAAGGGCUACUGUAA